CCCCCCCCCCCCCCCCCCCCCCCCCCCCCCACACAGCUUUUCAAGUGUGAAGAAGAAGCAGAGGUGGAAGAAGAAGAAGAAGAACAGCAACAACCACCACCUUAAACUUUUAUCAGUACACAAACAAACAUAGAAAAAUCCGAACAUCCUUUCCAAGAUAAAUAAAAGAAUGUCCUAACUUCUGAAAAGGAGAGACAGAGAUUUGAAUUAAGGUUUUUAGGAAACAAAGUCCUCAAAUGUCCGACUCUGAGUUAAUCCUCUGCCUUCUUCCCUCAGUCAUAGCUCUGUUGCUCUUCUCUGUACUCAUCCACAGGCGGCAGACCCAUCUUAAUCUCCCUCCGGGCCUCUCCGGCUGGCCUUUCAUCGGCGAGACCAUCGGUUAUCUCCAGCCCUACUCUGCCACCACCAUUGGCCACUUCAUGGAGCAGCAUGUCGCCAGGUUCGGGAAGAUUUACCGGUCCAACUUGUUCGGGGAGCCCACGAUCGUGUCAGCGGAUGCGGGAUUGAAUCGGUUUAUUCUCCAGAAUGAGGGGCGGUUGUUUGAGUGCAGCUAUCCGAGGAGCAUCGGGGGGAUCCUCGGGAAAUGGUCGAUGCUGGUGCUGGUCGGGGACAUGCACCGGGACAUGAGAACCAUAUCCCUCAACUUCCUUAGCCAUGGGAGGCUCAGGACUCAUUUGCUAAGGGAAGUCGAGAAGAACACCUUGCUCGUUCUCGGCUCCUGGAGGGACAACUCCACGUUCUCGGCCCAGGACGAAGCCAAGAAGUUCACAUUCAAUCUGAUGGCGAAGCACAUCAUGAGCCUCGAUCCCGGAGAGCCCGAGACGGAGCAGCUCAAGAAAGAGUACGUCACUUUCAUGAAAGGCGUCGUCUCGCCGCCACUUAAUUUCCCGGGGACGGCUUACUGGAAAGCCUUAAGGUCCCGAUCGACAAUCCUCAAAUUCAUUGAGCGGAAAAUGGAGGAGAGGAUCGAGAGGAAGAAGGAAGCGGGCGAGAGAGUGGAGGAUGAUGAUCUCCUAGGAUGGGUGUUGGAAUAUUCAAACCUCUCGACAGAGCAAAUCCUGGACCUGAUCCUGAGCUUGCUCUUCGCCGGUCACGAGACUUCCUCGGUCGCCAUAGCUUUAGCAAUCUUCUUCCUGGAAGGCUGCCCCAGAGCCAUUGACCAAUUAAGGGAAGAGCACCUUGACAUUGCCAGAGCAAAGAGGGAGGCAGGGGAAACAGAGUUGAACUGGGAAGACUACAAGAAGAUGGAAUUCACUCAAUGUGUUAUCAGUGAGACGCUUAGACUGGGGAAUGUGGUGAGGUUUCUGCACAGAAAGGCUCUCAAAGACGUCAGAUACCAAGGGUAUGACAUUCCAUGUGGUUGGAAAGUGCUGCCGGUGAUUGCAGCCGUGCACUUGGAUCCUCACCUUUUUGACCAACCUCAGCACUUCAAUCCUUGGAGAUGGCAGAAUAAUGGCCGUGCAUCAUCAUCAAGUGGCACGGGCCCCUCCACGGGCAACUACUUCAUGCCAUUCGGGGGAGGACCCAGGUUAUGCACGGGGUCGGAGCUGGCGAAGCUGGAGAUGGCAGUGUUUAUCCACCACUUGGUCCUGAACUUCAGCUGGGAAUUGGCCGACUCUGACGAGGCCUUCGCCUUCCCUUUCGUCGACUUCCCUAAAGGCUUACCUAUCCGGGUGUUCUCCCACAGCCAAUGAACCACGCCCUUUGAUUCGUGAGGCACAUUCUCGAAUGACCGACUCCUCGAUUCUCAGCUUCAGAAGUCUCCCCUUUUCUUGGUGGUUGUUUUUUGUUUUUCUAAGGGAAAAGACAAGAGAAGGGGAGAGGAAGGGAGACCAGAUGCAGAUGAUACAAAGAAUUGGGUUGUAACUGGGGAUUGAGUUCUUUGGAUUUUUAUUCCGACGGCCGGCUUACUGUUGAGCUCAUUUGUCCGGGAAAUUCCACGGUACAGUAAAUGUACCGUUUCAGGAGUCUUUAAUGAUCGUUGAAUCAACUCGUUUUGGGUGGGUCUCACAAUGAUCCGACAGUGAUCAUAGACUCCCGAACGGUACAUGGACCGCACCAUAGAGUUUUCCGAUAUGUAUUCACACGAAGAAAAGAGAAAGACGAGUGAACAGAGAUAGGACUGGUGCUAGGCUACUUGAUGUGUAGUAGGACCACAUUUCUAUAAUUCUAUCCAUAGUCCAUUCCCAUUUGUAUAUUUUCUAUCAAUUUUCUUUUUUCUUUUUUCUUUUUUUUUUCUCAUGAAAGUGUAAUUUGUGUAAAAUUCAAACUUGCAAUAGGCGCGUGCAUUUUGGACAAUUCUUAACGAAAAAGAGUAGAGAUUGGAGGAGAAGAACAUAUGGUUUUAAGGAUGUGAGUCUCUUAAUUUAUGUUUGUAUAAACAGAUCACGAAUUAAUAUAA